AUGCUUUGCUCGAGACCCACCGGCACACCUCGCUCCACCGCGUGCAUCUCUGCCCCUUUCAUCAGCACGUUGCACAAAGCUGCGCACUUAGCACCACCCACGCAACUCCGAAAAUCUCGCAUCCGCCGUCACUCGGCUGGAGGCAUGUCCAACCCGACCCCAAAUUCUAACGAUACGACAGACGUCGAGACAGGCCGCGACUCCACCCCUACGCUCUCUCCCCAAGUUGUGGAAUCACCGCGCAUGCUCAAGAGCCCUUCAGCGCCUGUCAAGCCCGAAACGGAAAAGACCAGGUCCCGCCCCGCAUCGAAGGACCCAAAGCGAGCAUCCUCAUCUGGGCCACCUGCGAAGAAACCUCGGAAAAAGUAUGUCAUUACUAAACAUCGUGAAAACUGGACCGAAGAAGAACACCAGUUGUUUCUCGAUGCCCUCAAGAAAUAUGGUCGCUCGUGGAAGCAAAUAGAAGGUCACGUCCGAACGAAGAGUGUCAUCCAGAUUCGAUCACACGCUCAAAAAUAUUUUAUCAAAGUGCAAAAGAACAAUACUGGUGAGCACAUCCCACCCCCUAGACCGAAGAGGAAGCAGAACCAACUCAACGGCUCCGCCUCCUCAUCUCAGCUUUCCCAAGCCACCGUCAGACAAGUUGCGUCACCAGUCGCCGUUCCGCUUUCACCAUCGCUAUCCCCGGGCAUGCCCCACCAUCCGCACGGCCAUCCACAUCCACACUCUCUGGCCUUUGCACUAGCAGCACAGCAUCCCAUGGCCGCUCAUAUGCAGAUGCCUCAAGUUUACUCACUGCAAGCACUGGGUCUACACGCGCACGCACCGCCUUACGUCGGAUACAGACAUCCUAUCCAGCCACUGAGACCCGUGCCAGCAAAUCAAUCACCACAACCCCGCACUUCUGCGAAGACCAUCUCCCCGAGAUUGAUGGACCAAAAUGAUAUGAACGAUAUGCUUGCCCAGCAGCAGCAACAGCAGCACCAAUUAAAGCAACAACAACUAAGACAACAACGACUGAACCGCCAUAGCGAACAACAGCAAAGACAGCAAAGACUGCAAAGACAGGAACAGCUGCGGCACGUACAAAAGCAGCGUCAACAACAACAGCUUGAUGCAGCACUAGCACUACAAGAGGAUAAAAUUGCGACCUUUGCAACCAUACAAGUCGAGAUGCAAGAGGCAUCCCUCUCCUUAAAAAUGGAUUCGGGUGAAAGACACUCGUUCCAGCCGCAAGCGCCAAUACAAGUUAAUAGGAGCAUGCCCGCACUCCCCGUUACAACGCCCAAUGACACAGACUCAAUGCUUCCCACACGAGAAGCAAGCGUGGCAUUAGACCCAACAGAGGACUCCAAUACUAUAUCGGUGAAUGAAAAGGAGGAUUGCGUGGCAUCCGAAUCCCAAGACACAGCCGGAAGUUUACUGCUCGAUGUCACACAUGCUGGUUCUGCCGCCAGAGCAGCGACAGCUGCUGCGGCAUCAGCCGUAGCUGCGGCUACCGGCGAAGGCACACCGACGAGCCCUAACUUCACUAAGAUCUAUGGAUUCUUCGCUGCAAUAUUUGAUCCCAUGAACGCUCCAGGUGCGAUCACCCUCUUGCAAAGACCUGAAUUGAGUGCGUUGGAUUUAGAAAUCAUCAAGCUUCUUGUGAGAAAUCUCGAGGUGAAUAUUGAUAGCACUGUGUUCCGUCAGCAGUUGGCAGAUACCUAUCGACAGCAGCAGCUCAGGCAACAAGAGCAACUCCAAAAUCAAGAGUAG